AUGUCGCUGUGCUCGUUGGCGUCUUACCUCGCCUCGCUGAACGCACCCGUCGUUGCUCCGCCCGGCCCCAACUCUCCCCUCGAAUCCAGCGCUAGCUCGGAAUCGCACUCGGCAUCUUCCCUCGAAGGGUCACCCACAAAACGUGCUCGCGCAGACUCGCCCGAUACUUCGAUUGCGUCGUCUUCCCCCGCCGAGUACUUCGUCGCCUUGUCCGCGAUCCACCACAAGUUAGGCGGCGUGUCCAUGCCGAGUACGCAGCUCCUUACCGCGUCGAACCUCCUCGCCGCGUCCUCACCCGCUCAGACCUCGGGCUCACCCGCUCUUCGAUCCAUCCUCACCCAAACUCCCUUACACCCCGAUACCGCCGGCGGUCCCGGACCCUCGUCGGCCGGUGGGCUCUCGGAACCCACAUCACGACCGCUGUCACGCCGUAGCUCGACCGGCGCAUCGUCGACGACCAAGUCUGUCCGUUUCGCGCGGUGUACGAACGCGAGCGUGUUUGCGGCCCUUAGUGUCGAGGAGUACGACCGUAGCCCCAUCAUUCCGACGUGCGAGUCAGAGUCGCUCGAGCUGCCCAAGCGACAGAACCGCGAAGAGGAUGGCUGGAUCAAGUGCGUCGAGCGAGAACGCGCCGCCGCCGCCAAGCGCAUGGCCACGGGUCAGAGCUUGCCUGCACUGUCACCCUCAAUGGACAACCCCGUCGAGGGCAAGCACGGUCUCCUCGAGGGUGGUUAUUUUGUCGGCGGGGAGCGCGAGGAGCACUCGUCGGACGAGGACGAGGACAUGAUGGUCGUCGACGACGAGGAGACCGGCGAAAUUCACGAUACGCCCGGCAUGAUCCAGGACGAUUCUAGCGGCGACGAUGAGAGUGAUGGGAUAUUGUCUAUCACAUCAGAACACACCCAACCUAUACUCAAGCUAGUCUCAUCACAACCUUCCUCCUUCGCCCCGACCUACACUAUCAGCCCCAUUUCCGACACGGAUCUGCUCAAGCACGCGACACUAAACGCUGCCGUCUGCGCCGCCAUCACCCUCACAACGCCGGUCGUUGAUCUCACCCCAACCGCCAGUCCUGCUCUUCCAUCCAUUGCGACCUUCGGCCCCACCCCUGCUGCGGACGCCGAGUCCGAGCCAUCCGCCGUCGACUCGUCCACCGACGAAUCGUCACCCAUCGAAGCGUCAACCGAAGAGGAAGGCGACGAAGAUGCCGUUACUGUCGCCGCACGGAUACAACGGGAGAAGAAGGAAAAGGCGAAGAAGUGCCGCGAAAGAUACGGUCUGUGCGCCUUGGGCAAGUACAGUCGCGCCGAGGUCUUCAGCUCGUACGAUUCGCUUGGCGGCUUCUGA